UCACUUCCGUGCAAAGGCCAACCUGCCUUGCUCCUCUUAUUCCAGCUACCUGCUGGCUGCCGGAGCGUCUGACCUGCUCCCUCCUCCUGCCCUUUCCGACAGCUCCUGCUGGAAAGGUGCCUUCCGAGGUUACGGGCACCGGGAGGGGGGAGAGGGAGAGAAAAAAGUUGGAUUUUUCACUGUUAUUGGGGUGGGCAAGGACAUCUGGACCCUUCGCUGAGCAGCUCACCCUGUCCCCUUCCUAGAAGGCGAAAAAUCGAUGGCUUGCCCCCUCGUGUAAAGACAUCUAGAAGAGUGCGCUUUAAGAUGGAUCAUUACAGACAGAGAAGUCCUGAGAAUCCAGACAUCUGCUCUUCACAUGAAUGCACUCACCUCCUAGAGGACAGCCCGCCAUCAUGCUCUGGAAACUGGUGGAAAAUGUGAAAUAUGAAGACAUCUACGAGGACCGGCACGAUGGAGUCCCCAGCCACAGUUCCCGGCUGUCCCAGCUGGGCUCGGUCUCUCAAGGCCCUUACUCCAGCGCCCCGCCGCUCUCUCACACCCCCUCCUCGGACUUCCAGCCGCCCUACUUCCCGCCGCCCUACCAGCCUCUUCCUUACCACCAGAGCCAGGACCCCUACUCCCACGUCAACGACCCCUACGCCCUGAACCCGCUGCACCAGCCCCAGCAGCACCCCUGGGGCCAGCGGCAGCGGCAAGAGGUGGGUUCCGAGGCCGGCUCGUUGCUGCCCCAGCCACGGGCUUCUUUGCCGCAGCUCUCGGGCCUCGACCCGCGGCGGGACUACCACUCCGUCCGGCGGCCAGACGUCCUUCUCCAUUCGGCUCACCACGGCCUGGACUCCGGCAUGGGCGACACGCUUUCGCUUCACGGCAUCGGGCACCCCGGCAUGGAGGAUGUGCAGGCAGUAGAAGAUGCUAAUAACAGCGGCAUGAACUUGCUGGACCAGUCGGUCAUCAAAAAAGUUCCAGUUCCUCCAAAAUCUGUUACUUCUCUGAUGAUGAACAAAGAUGGCUUCCUUGGUGGUGUGUCUGUGAACACAGGCGAAGUGUUUUGUUCAGUACCUGGGAGGCUCUCCUUGCUUAGUUCGACGUCCAAGUACAAAGUCACUGUUGGAGAAGUUCAACGGCGCCUUUCACCUCCAGAGUGCUUAAACGCUUCCCUUCUUGGAGGAGUCCUUAGAAGAGCCAAAUCGAAAAACGGGGGGCGAUCGUUGCGAGAGCGGCUAGAAAAAAUCGGUUUGAAUUUACCAGCCGGGAGGCGCAAAGCGGCAAAUGUCACUUUACUCACCUCCCUGGUGGAAGGAGAAGCUGUACAUUUAGCUCGGGAUUUUGGAUACAUCUGUGAAACUGAGUUCCCAGCCAAAGCUGUUUCUGAAUACCUGAACAGACAGCACACAGACCCCACUGAUCUCCACUCCCGAAAGAAUAUGCUGCUUGCCACAAAGCAAGUUUGUAAAGAAUUUACCGAUCUUUUGGCCCAAGACCGGACACCCAUUGGCAAUAGCCGACCCAGCCCCAUCUUGGAGCCAGGGAUCCAGAGCUGCUUGACUCACUUCAGUCUCAUCACUCACGGCUUUGGGUCCCCAGCCAUCUGUGCUGCCCUGACUGCUCUCCAGAAUUACCUGACGGAAGCCCUCAAAGGCAUGGACAAGAUGUUCUUGAACAACAACUCUGCUAACAGGCACACUUCUGGGGAAGGACCAGGUAGUAAAACUGGAGACAAGGAAGAAAAGCACAGAAAAUGAGAGAGAGAGAGAGGGAGGGAGAAAAGAAAGCAAGCUAAUGAAAUUAGGGGGGAAAACAGAAAGGAAAAGGAGAGAUUGAGAGCGAUCCUUUGGGAGGAAAACCAUUUAAUUUUAGCUUUAAAAUAUUGGAUUGGGUUUUGGAAGAAUUAUGCUAGGUAGGUCACACCUGCAAAUAAUUUAAAGAAGAAAAUAAGGUCAGAGGCGCACAGUGGAACAGGAAGAGUGGCUCAGUGGCUAUGGCAAAGGAACUGUUGAAGAUAACAUCCAGUAUUUUCCACUUCUGUCAUCCCACAAUCUUUUUUUUUAAUUGAUUUUUGAUGGGGAUGAAAUUAUAACAGAUAAAAGCAAUCAAUAAUUUAUUGGAAGAAUCAUUUUGAUAAUGUUGCUAUGUUGGCCGAGGUACAUAGUCUGUUUCUGUAUUAUUAUUAUUUUUAAAAAAUCUAAGGUAGAAAGAAAAACCUAAGGGAUGGAUAUAUUUUAUACUGGACUGUCCUGUUCAGAGCAAGGUUUCCUGAUUUUGUGCAAAAUUUUGCUGUUCUCUCUCUGUGUGGUCUGAAUAGCUAGGCCUAAAAUUUAUCAAUAGCAUUUGGGCCGUAGAUUUCUUAACAACAGGAAGAAAGGGGGAAAAAAACCAAAUCUGGGUCUGUCUACAUUAGGAGUCAUUAAGAAGAAUUGUUAGUAACUACAUGCAGAGGUGACCUGUUCAGGCUGUGAAAGUGUUAAAAUGUAACUAACUACAUGGAUGAGUAAGUGGAAGAGCUAAUGGGUUAUUAUCAGAUGCCCGUGCUUAUUCUGGAUACCUACCUAAAGUGUUAAUCAAAAGCUGCCCACUUAGCAUAUUUAAUUCUAAAACUUGGGGGCUGCAAAUAGUCAUUUUCUCUGUCUAUAAGGGUGUGUAGAAUUUGUAUAUAUAUGUUCCAUUAAGGUAUUGGAUUGGAUCCAGACUUGGUCAUAUUUGGAGCAGAUCCAUUGCAAUCAAAAUUAGCCAUAACUAACUGUAGACCUACUACUCAGCAUGACUAAGUCUGAAACCAAAUAAUUGACAAUGAGAAUUAGCCCUUCAUUUCAUAAUAAAAUCUGCCUAUCAUGGAAGUAGACAUUUUCAUGAAGAUGUACUUGUGAAAAAGUUGCACAGACAUGCCUCACCUGUAAACAGGAAAGAGAGAAGGAACAUUCCUCUUUGUGGAUGGAUCUAAAGAUCAGCAUGCCUUUUCCUUUCAACUGCAACUUUUUUCAUAAGUAUUUGUUUUCUGUGGAUGGCAGAUGUUACUGCAGAAACAGCCCUGUGGUUGGAAUUGAAAACUUUAUUUCCAAGUCUGUUUGAUAAAGAUUUUUAAUGUACACAUGGACCUCUCACCUGGAAGACUGCCUUUUACAUUUCAGUGAAAUAACUUGUCCUAUUGAAGGGGAGAGUUCCCUGUGCCACAAAAGAGGCACGAAUGAAAAUCCAUAUAUGUGGGUGAUUCAAGUAGGCAUUGGAGUGCAGAUGGGCCUCCUAGACUGGGGAUAGUGUGAUUAGGAUGAAGGUAUCAGUCUGUUCAUUCUUGCUCUAAAAUUUCAGCAAUGACUGCUGCUCUUUAAAAUGUCUCAGAUCACAGACACACACUUUGUUCUUUUAAAGAAAUGUUAAUAAUAAGAAGAAUGUCUUGAUAAGUAUGUUAAACCUUCUCAGGAGUAUGCACCUUUUUAAUUUUCUUCUGUUUCCCAAAGCUUUGCCCGCUUGGCUUAUGAGCUUCUUCAAAGAGGACUAGAGCUCCGUACACAUUUCAUCAGGUACUGAGAUGAAAAUCCACAAUUCUGACACUUUUCCUUUUCAAAUCAAAGUCAGUUGUUUUGGCAUUCUGCAGGUGUACUUCUUUAAAGAAGCUCAAAGGGAAUAGAUUAUGUAAAGCUUCACUGUCUGAGCAAGGGAUGCUGAUAUAGAGGCAAAUACUAUGUCCUCCAAUAUUAAAAAAAAAGAAUUGGGAAGUGGGGCAAUAGUGUUUGAUGCACAGAGAAAAAAUCAGGUUUGUUAAGUGUAUUUCCUCUUUUAGAGAAGUUAAUAAGAAUCAUGGCUCAUUAUUAAGUUAGUGUCUAAUUUUAAGAAAAUCUGUUUCCCCUGGUUAUCAAAGGAGAGUUGCAAAUCUUGACUUGGAAAACAAAUAGUUGUCUUGGCCUUGGGGUGGAGGGGGAAGAAUUGGCUAUUUUCCAAUGAUUUGCAGUAAUUAAGUGUGUCACUGUGUGUGCUUUUGAAUUACAUUUUUAAAAUAUUUAACCUCCUUUUUUGGAAUACAUAAGAAAAGAAAUCAUGCUUAAGUGCAAAAUGAAUGUCACCCUGCAUGUUAUCACUUUGCAAAGGUUUUGUUGAAUUGACAGUGGCUAUGGUAUUUCAUGCAUUUUGAAAGAUUGUUUCCCUUUGUCACAACAGCUUGUGUCUAUGCUUCAUUUUGGCCUCACAUACUGAAUUCAUGCUAGAAGAUGAGAAUAGGAUAAAGAUGUAUUAUGCCUGCCACCCUGAUCCCAAACACAUUAUAUGGCUGUAAGUUCCAUUAAUUUUGGUGGAAUUUAAUUCCACUUAAGGGAACAUUGAAGACUUGGGUCUAUGGCUAAUCAUCCAUGCAUUUUACUGAACUCAACUUUUUAUUUGAAAUGCAGUUUUCAAAUGCUAUUUGGGUACUUGCAGUUUUCAGUAAAACUUAGAUCAUUUUACACAAUAUAAACUGGGAGCACAUAGUACAGCAGUGAUUGAUGUUUCAUUUGAAGCAACUGCACAUAUCAUAUAUUCCAGAGAGCUGCAGUCCUUUGCAGCAUAUACACAGAUAUGUAUCAAUGUGCAGAUGCUUGAAAUAUGAAAAUGUACAUUCCUAAUUUAUAAUUAUCAGUACUUUUUCCAUAUAGGAAACUAUACACCAUGGGUGAUAAGUUAUGUGCUGUGCAUUUGGAACUUGACCCUGUGAUUCCUAUUUCCCAACCAAACCAAUUAAGAUGUACCUAAAGUCAUUAUUUCACACUGAGUAUCUUUACUUGUGUCAUGAAUUCAGAUUUUUAUUUUUGUUUUAAUGAGACAUAUUCCCAAGCUAUUAAAUAGGACUAUAUGGUCAAUUUAAGGCAACAUUCUUGAGUAUGUUUAUCUAGGCAGGAAAUUUCAUCAGUCUAAGGAGCUUCCAUAUAUAAUGUCUAAAGAUUAAAAUUGCAGUUCUAUUGACUUUAAUAGGAGUUGAGUUAAUGCCAACUAUUUUAAUUCAGUUGUGGGUGAAGCUUUAAAUUCUGAUCUUAAUGCAUAUCUGUCUAAUUUCGGUGACAUUGUAGAAGGAGGAGAGAUUGAGCACAGCAUUCUACAAUAAGAUUAGGAUCAUGGCUACUGCAGAACUUGAAAAAUC